AUGCAGGAUAAAUAUACGGCAGAAGGAGGUAUCGUCAGCGACCAUGAUGUACAUAGAAAAUCAAUCAAAGGUAGCGCAAUGGGCGCGUCUAAGCAUGUCAUUGUGGGCUGCAAUGUCACUAGGGGAGAUGAAAACGCCACGCCCCGAUAUACACAAUGGAUCAAUGCGUUGGAGGGGAGACAGCUAUUGACACAAAGAUAUAGGGAGUGUACACUUAUCAAACCCACAUGGUUUAUGAGCAGGGACACCUUCGAGAGCGUGGGGAGUUUUGACGAAAGUGGCCCAGGAACACCGGAGGAUAUGAUAUUUCUAUACAAGCAUCUGGAUAAUUUCGGAGCAUUGGCAAAAGUGUGCGAGCCGCUUGUGAUGUAUAGGUAUCAUGCACAAGCCCAAAGUCACAGUGUCAAAUGGCAGGACAUAUUCGAUCUCCGAGUAAAGCAUAUAGAGCAUCAUCUGCUGAACCGAUUGUCUUCGUUCUCGGUGUGGAGUGCUGGGAGAGAAGGCAAGCGCUUCUAUCGCGCACUAGACCCGCGGAACCAGACAAAGGUCGCUUGCUUUUUGGAUGUUAAAGACACCUUGAUAAAGGGUCCCGGUUUUCGACCAUCGAAAACCGCAGUAUUUAUACCAAUUCGCCACUAUACACAGCUGCUGGUGUGUGGUACGGAUGUGAUACCGAGGCCAGUGAUUACUUGUGUAAAGCUGAAUCUCCAUAGCGGUUUCGAGACAAACAUGGCCGAUGUGAAACUUACAGAGGGAUAUGAUUGCAUUUACUUCGCUUAACACACGAGAGGGUACAAGUUUUGCAACGCGAUGUGAAUAUUUAUGUCCUCUCAGUUAAUGGGUGAUGAAGGGCUUUCAAAAGUAUAUAAAUAUAAAUAAUCAACUGAAUAC